CAUGGCGACUGUCGGACCUUUAGGAAGGAUAGCCAGACUGAGCUCCAGCCUCUGCAGAAACCAUCGGUUAAUAUUCAACAGAAGCCCUCCGAGAAGAGGAAUAGCUUCUUGUGUCGACCCUGCUCAUGGACUCACAGAUGAACAGAAAGAGUUUCAAAAAGUGGCCUUUGACUUUGCAGCCAAUGAAAUGACUCCACACAUGGCAGAGUGGGACCAAAAGGAAAUAUUUCCAGUGGAGACGAUGCGAAAGGCAGCCCAGUUAGGGUUUGGGGGGAUCUACGUCCAGCCAGAUGUCGGAGGAUCGGGUCUCUCUCGGCUGGACACGUCGGUCAUCUUUGAGGCCCUGUCCACAGGAUGUGUCAGCACCACAGCUUACAUCAGUAUCCACAACAUGUGUGCCUGGAUGAUCGACACCUUUGGCAACUCAGAGCAGAGGGAGAGGUUCUGUCCCGAUCUCUGUUCGAUGGAAAAGUUUGCUUCCUAUUGUCUCACUGAACCAGGCAGCGGCAGUGAUGCUGCUUCACUUCUGACCACCGCAAAGUUGCAAGGCGACCAUUACAUCUUGAAUGGGUCAAAGGCCUUCAUCAGUGGAGGAGGAGACACAGACGUCUAUGUUGUGAUGUGCAGAACGGGAGGUAAAGGAGCAAAAGGCAUCUCUUGUUUGGUGGUGGAGAAAGGAACCCCAGGCCUCGGUUUUGGCAAAAAAGAACAGAAGGUGGGCUGGAACUCCCAGCCGACCAGAGCGGUGAUAUUUGAGGAUUGUGCCGUUCCAGUGACCAACCGGCUCGGUGAUGAGGGACAAGGAUUCAACAUUGCCAUGAAAGGCCUGAAUGGAGGCAGAAUUAAUAUAGCAUCGUGUUCUCUCGGGGCGGCGCAUGCCUGUGUUCAGCUCGCGAGGGACCAUCUGUUAGUACGCAAGCAGUUUGGAGAGACGCUCUCCAACAACCAGUUUCUUCAGUUCAAACUGGCAGAAAUGGCCACUAAGUUGGUUGCGUCUCGCCUUCUGGUGCGUGAAGCUGCGACAGCGCUGCAGGAGAACCGCUCUGAUGCCGUUUCUCUCUGCUCCAUGGCCAAACUCUUCGCCACAGAUGAGUGCUUUAAUAUCUGUAACCAGGCCCUUCAGAUGCACGGUGGGUACGGUUACCUCAAAGACUACGCGGUGCAGCAGUUUGUGAGGGACAUCAGAGUACAUCAGAUUCUGGAGGGCACAAAUGAGGUGAUGAGGAUGAUCAUUUCCAGAAAUCUGCUGACUGAGUCAUGAUCAAUCUUUGUCCCUGUAUCUUUAAGUGACUUUAGUAGUGACCAUGUUGUUAUGGUCUUCAUCUCUGGUUUGUUACUGUGUGACUUUUUUCCUGAAAUGUCUUCCACGUCAUAGGUUUUUUUGAAAGUUUUAAAGGUCAUUGGAGGAUUUGAGGUAAAGCAGUCAGUAGGUUUUUCUAGUAAAAUAUUGGUUUAGCGUUUUAAUUUUUAGCUCUACAGGCAGCAAGGCUCUUUGGAAAGCAAGGCUGAUUCAUUCGUUAGUCCAGAGUGAAAUAUCUCAGCAAGUAUUGCAGAAUUUAAAAGAAAAAUUUGUACGUAUGUGGUUUUAAGUGGGUGAAACCAAAUGACAUUGGCAAUCCCCUACUCACUUUUCAUGUUGCACCAACUGCAGGCCAAAAUUUCCACAUGUGCAACACUUUAAAAAGUAUUGAGAGAAUUUCAGGCUAUACUUUGACAUAACUGCUAAUAUAGCAUGUUAAAAUGCAAAAUAUAAGCAUUACAUGAGCAUGCCAACGUUCGCAUUUUCUGCUGAAACUAAGUGCAGUUAAAGUAGGCAGAGCAUGUUUUAUUUAAGUUACAGAAAGCAGCUAAUAAACACUGACGAUGUUCAGCUGUGCCUGAGUCAUAUCCUGGCUAUUGUACGUAGUAACACUAAGGGUGCAUUCGGAAAUCCAAUCUGACAUUACACUCAAAUUAGAGCACUAUUCUUCAAAGUAACAGAGCGUUCUAUAUCUACACAGAUUAAAAAACGGUUAAUUUCAUUUCAUAUUCACUCUACUCGGUGGUCUGCUGGUCUGUCUCCCCAGACAGAGUGCCCAGAGUGCACUGUGCCACUGUGAGUGUGGUGUUCUGGAUAACCAAACGGUACGUUCUAACAGCGCUCCAACUUUACAAACGGUCAGAGUACGCUCCGGCACUUGGAGCGAAUAUUUCCAAACUCACCCUAAGUGUCGGCAGCCAUGCUAGCAGCUCUGUGAGGCUCUGUGGCAGAGCAGUGCUGGUGUUUAGCUGGUAUAAUGUUUACCUUGUUCACCAUCUUAGUUUAACCCAUUAGCAUGUUGCUCGUGAAAUUUGAUCUGCUGAUGGCGCCCAAUGAAAAGUUAAAGGAUCACCAAAGUUAUUACGAUUUAUCCUGUGUUGGCAGGCUCACCAUUGUGUUGUAACACUCCCAAACAAUGGCAGAGGCACUUUUGUUUUAUUUGUCUUGUAACGUUAUCCCCACCACUCCCAGUUGCCAUCUUUCCUAACUCAGCUGCCUGUUCCAUCAGGAGAGUGACCUCUGGUGGCAUGUCUUGGGCACUACAAUAUCAGUUCAAAAAAGCAUCUCUGUAUCAGUUUGAUUGAAAAAGGAGCAUCCUAACUAUGUACAUUUUCUCUGGCACCAACUCCAUUAGUGGUAAUAAUGGAAUAAUAGUUAAGAAAAAAAGUUUUGAUUGUUUAUCUAUUUUGUUUCUUGUGAAGCUGCUAAUGUGAAAAUUUUAGUAAUUUUUUCUAGAAAAAGCUGCUCUUUAGAACAAUUUCACUCAAUGUGUAAAAAGAGUUUGGGAUUAAUUUUUCCAUUGUUUAAAUUGAUUCAACACCAGUUUAAGUGUCAAUUGAAAGGGUGUGGUUGCUUUACUGUUUAUCACAAAUCUAUAUUUCACGCAGCAUCGCCAAACCUAAAGUGGCCUUUUACAAUGUAUUAUUCUAUGUUACUGUAUUGUUACCCUAGAUUCUGUGUGUACAGAUAAAAAUGUGUAUGUUGUGUAUUUUUGGUUAUGCAUUGAAAUGUCACUUUGCAAAUCAUGUCUGCUGAUCACACUCCAAAUAAAAACAA